GAUGUUAAAAACUCUCGGUAGCUAAAAGACCGCUCAAAGACGAGUUCUGUGAGAUGAGUAGAGAAAAGAGAGACCCCAAGAUGCUGAUGCAUGGGCGAGAACACAAGGCAACGCAGCACAAGUCCUCCCGUGUUACGCAGGGAGUCAACUUGUCCGGAUAUAAUAAUAAAAAAGAACAGUCUCAAACGUACGAAAGCAACCGUGUACGCGAUUUUAUCGAUGCACGGUGACAUCAGGAACAUUUUUUCUUCACCUUCUCCUACUUCUUUCACUUACUACAAUCAAAAAAACUACUCCUACUCUUAUGAAUGGUAGCCGUAUAUGUGGCAACGUCGCACAUUCUUUAAUAGGAGUCAAUUGUCCGCAAACUUUUGUGAAACGUACCUCGUUUUAAAAUUAUUUAAACGGUUUUUAGUAAAUAAUUUUAAAAUCGAACCGGUUUUAAACGACUUAUUCGAUUGUUUAACGUUUCACAACAAGUUAUUCGUUAAGAAAUUGUGCCGUUUUGUGUUUCUUUUGGUGUUAAAUUGACUCCCGCGUCAUAUUGUACGCAAUGGAGUUGUAUUCACGUAUACAUACACAACUUUUGUAUACCUAAUAAACAGUUUAACUUUUUUCUUUAAUUAAAUAUGUGGUUGUUCGGUUUGGAUUCGGUGCAAUUUUGUGGUUUAACGUUUGGACUUGGUUCUAAAAUGGGUUCUAACAGAGAUAUUUUUAGUGUUAAUCACUGACAGUGAAUUUUCUAAACAAGACAUGAAGGUAUCGAGAAAAUAUAUCCAAAUCAUAAAGCAGUAGAAAAAAUACCCCCGGAACUAAUGGUUCAGCGACAGCGCGACUUUACGAUGGCCAAUGAGCAGCCCGUAAAGAAGAAAUUACGUCGUGAAGGAGAAACGGAUGAGCCAGAUUUUGUGCAUAAUAUAACAGAAAAUAUAUCUGAGGCCCAACAUCCGUUUCAAAACAACGUCUUCCUCAGUCAGGGUGCAAAAUCACCUAUAAGUACGGAGGAACAACCCCAGGUUCGCGAACCUAACGAAAUAACAUGGGAUCCCAGCAAUAUGUACGUUUUAUCCAAUUCUUAUAUGAGCACAUCCGUACAACCGGAGAUGUUUUCUGCAUCAAUGUAUGAUGAGCAACAAGAAAAUGGUAAUUCUUCGUUAAAUACUCCGUUAGUGAAUGCGACGGCUGUUAAUUUAGCCGUUGAUAAUGAGUUUGAUACGUUUAAAAAUUAUUUAAUAAAACAGUGUUUAUGUGCGAUAUCGGAGGCGACAUUAAGAAAACCAUUUGAGGGACAUCAAAUAACAGAUGGGAAUGGCACGAGAACGGCUAAUUUAGUUGAAUGGCCAAUACAUAAAACGUUAGAAUUCUUAUCGAAACUACAACUGUUAUUUGAUGUUUAUUUGAAACAAAAUAACAGCGGUUAUUUGUGUUCGAGAAUUGUGAAUGUGUGCGAAGUGAUUGUUCGUAACGAAUAUAAUUUAAUAGAACAAAUAAUGUCGCUUUGCGAUAUUGGUAGUAAAUACAUAAACUUUAUGUCCGCGAAAGUAUUAAGUAGUUUUUUGAUAAUCGCGAAAACGAACGUUAACAACGAAUGGUUAGAAACGAUAUUUAAUUUCCUCAAAUUAGAAACGAUCGAUUAUGAAAAAAUGAAUUUCUCUUUAGAAAUUAUAAAACGUGUUGUUGAAUGGAAAGACGUUGAAAUUCAUGUUUUAGAAGAACCGAAUGCUGAAAGUGCAAGUACAAGCGCCGAACAAAAUUGUACAACUGUUACAUACAGCGAUUCAGAUAGUUACGAUACAUCUGCAAUUAAAGGAUUAAUUAUACGCGGUUUAGAAACAAUUUGGCCUGACUUAAUAGGUAGAAUACAACAUAUGAUAGCUCAAGAUGAUAGCGUAGAAUCACAAACUUGUAUUUUAACGUUUUUAGCUUUAUGGGAAAGUAUUAUUUCGGUGAAAGCGAAUUUAAGUGUAAUUGAUACAAAACCUUUUUAUACGCAUUUAGAAAUUUUUGUUGGGCUGUUACCAAACUCACUGUCUCCGAUAAUAUGGAAACAAUUAUUAUCGUUAUUCAAUGAAGUUUUGUGUUACGGCAGCACAUUAGCGUUACAAGAUAUUUUACCGGAAGAUACUUGCCAAAUAGCUCAUAUGAUUGUGCGUUACGUUAAAGAUAUAAGACUUUUAGAUUGUUUACCUUAUAGAAGGGGAGAUGGUUUAACUGUACACACUUUUGUGGGUACAAUCCCUAGUGUACAAUUAAAUCAAACCAAUUUAGAUAAAACUUUGUUACAAAAAAUGGUUCUUCUUGUAUUAAAAUCGGUUGCAAUAACAAUAAAAGAAGCUCGAUCUGAUAGUUCCGAUUCAAGUGUGGGAUCGGAAGAUUUCGAUUUUUAUCAAGAUAUGCAAAUGAUUGAACGAUCAAUAAGGGACGUUUUAAAAAAAGUUGAUGUAUUUAUAAAAAAUGCUUUAGAAUUUCAUCCCGAAACACCUUUUUCUAAAAUUUUGGUUCAAUUAUUUAGCGAUCAAGAUGAUUAUAUGAUCGAAGCAAUGGUUUGUACGUUAGAUAUAACUAUUGGAAUCUCUUAUAGAAACGCUGUUUUCCCUGAUUUAGUUUUAAUGUUAAAUCCCGUUUACUCAUUCGUUAAGUUUUUAAAUAUCGUCGGUCAUGAUAGUGACAUUUUAUUAGAUUUCCUAAUAAACAACGAAACAUGUUUUUUGUUGUAUUUAUUAAGAUUUCUUAAAUAUGUGAAACGUAAUUGGCCGAAAUUUUUAUCGAGUUGUUCGGAAUGUUCUUCUUCCCCAAGGGAAAACGAACUUGAUAAUACUAUGGGUGUUUUAUUGAGAUUAAGAAAACAAAUUAAACGUUUAGUUGACAGUAAUUUGUUUCCUUACAAUAUUGAACCCGUAUUUAGGUUAUUAGACUCGUGUAAAAGAAAAUACGAAGGUAACGAAGUUAGUUGAUAGUUCAUGAAAAAAUUUAAUUUUUAAAUUUUUCUUUUAUUCCUUGUAUAAAUAUUUUUUUUGUAAACACAUAGUAGAAAUAAUCUAGUCAAUAUCUUGCCUUUAUUAUUCAGCCACUUUUGCCGCAAUUAUAAAAUAAUUAUCAUAAAAAUCAUAGCAAUUAUAUAAGUUUACUUAAAGUAAACAAUUUCAAUUACAAGGAAUAAAAGAUUUUUUUUUAGUAAUAAGUUUUUUUUUAAUCGACAGCUAUUUUGCCUUCAUAAAACCACCGAAUGGAUGUGUAGAAAUGAUUGACUUCUACUGUAUAAAAGAAUUAUUUUAAUAAUAAUAUAUAUUUUAUAUUUACAAGUAUUUAUGUACAAUCAUAUUUAUAGCAGACAGUAAUUUGUAGUUUAUUAUUUAUUCGUAAGACAGACUUUUUUUCAGUAUUUAUGACCGUAGAUAAUAUUAUUUAUAACAAUUCAGGUUAGUUAAUUAAUUAAUUAUUAAUAUUUAUUGAAAAUUCCAAUGACCGUAUUCUGUUUUUCUGCCAUCGUCUAACGUUUCGUAUUAAUUUUUUAUUAAUGUUUUCAUCUUUACAAGUUACCUGUACGUCAUAUUUAGACGUUUUAUGUACAGUCGUCGAAAAAUUAUAACAUUUUUGUACAAAUUUAAUAUUAUUUGUGUAUAUGUAUAUCAAAUAACAUACG